AUGUAUGCAUUGUCAAGCAAAAAGAUUUGCUUGGUCUCCAAUGGUGUUCCUGAUGAUCUCUAUAGCCUGUUCACUUCUAAUUCAGAAGAAUCAAUAGAGUUUCUCAAAUAUAUUCGUACCUACAAUAACACAUUUGCAUGCACAUCCUUUGGUGUCAAAUAUGACCAAAAUUUUUGUAAAAGAAACAAGGGCAUACACAGAUUUAGGGUUCAAGGCCAAGUGUACCAUUAUAUAAAUGACUUACUGCCAUUAGAUGAUCAUCCUUCAUACUUGCAAUUGUAUUUCUAUGAUACUGAACAUGAAGUACAAAACAGGCUAUAUAAUUCAGAUCGACUAAACCCAUCCAUUUUGACCCAAAUAAUAGAUAUAUUAAAAGUAAAUCCAUAUUGUGCAUUCUUUCAUUCUCUUAAGAAUAUACCAACUUUGAAAGAUCUCCGUAUUCAUAUAAUAUCAGAUGCUGCAUUAGACCAACGUGUCUAUAAUACUCCUUCAGCUUCACAAGUAGCUGCAAUAUGGGUCGAAGAUUAUAGUUCAAGAGACUAUAGUAGUCGGGACAUUAUUGUUUAUAGUCAUUCUGGGAGUAGUCAUAGGGUACAAUACUACUUUGGUUGUUAUGACCCUUUACAAUAUCCUUUGUUAUUCCCCUAUGGAGAUACUGGUUGGCAUCAAGGAAUACAAAGAGUUGAAAAGGGAAAGAAAUAUUUGCCUUCUAAAGUUGAAGUACUAAUUAAUCCAUGUGAAUCAAGCUCUGCCACAGAACUAAUUAACAAGGAAAUGAAAAGUUGGCUCUUUCAACAAUAUGUUGUUGACAUGUAUAUCAAAAUUGAAACAGCUAGAUUAGAUUGUUUUCGAAACAAGCAAGAUGAGAUUCGAGCUGAGGCCUAUCAAGGCAUUAUUGAUAGCAUUCAUAUGGGUGAAACGCGUGGUUCUAAAGUUGGACGUAGAAUAAUUUUGCCAGCUUCAUUCAUAGGUGGACCAAGGGAUAUGCGAAAGAGGUACAUGGAUGCAAUGGCAUUGGUGCAGCGCUUUGGAAAACUGGAUUUCUUUCUCACUAUGACAUGCAACCCAAAUUGGCUAGAAAUUAAACAAGAAUUACGAUUAGGAGAAGAAGCACAAAAUCGACCUGAUUUGAUUGCCCGAGCGCAUUUCUUAAUCAUAUUAAAGAAAGAUUGGAAAAUUAUUGCACCUGAAACAUUUGAUGAUAUUGUAUCAGCAGAACUUCCAAACAAAGAUAAAAACCCACACCUAUAUUCAGCUGUUGUGAAGCACAUGAUGCACGGUCCUUGUGGUGCUCUUAAUCCGAAGAACAUAUGUAUGAAAAAAACUGGUCGAUGCAAGAACCAUUAUCCGAGAGAUUUUUGUGAGCAAACUACUGUAGGCAAUGAUUCAUUCCCCAAAUAUAGACGCCGGGAUGAUGGUGCAAGCAUUAAGAUCAGGGGAAAAGAUUUAGAUAACCGUUGGGUUGUACCAUAUAAUGCUUACCUGCUUGCAAAAUUUGAUUGCCAUAUAAAUGUAGAGAUAUGUUCAACAAUCAAAGCAGUUAAAUAUCUAUACAAAUACAUAUAUAAGGGGCAUGGUCGUGUUGCUUUCCAUGUUACUCCAGAAGAUAAUUCACAAGAUAUAGAUGAAAUUGAAAGAUUUCAAUUAGCACGUUGGAUAACUCCCCCUGAAGCAAUGUGGAGAAUUUAUGGUUUCGAAUUAAAUGAGAUGUAUCCCUCAGUCUAUACUUUACAAUUACAUCUUGAAGAUCAACACUCUGUUAGUUUUAGAAAAUAUGAUGAUCUUAGUCGUGUUCUAAGAGAUGAUUCUUCUUCAAGAUCAAUGCUGACUGAAUUUUUUUGUAGAAAUAAGAUAGAUGAAAAUGCACGUAUGCUAUUAUAUAAAGAAUAUCCUGAGCAGUUUGUAUGGAAUCAACGAGAUAAAAUAUGGACUCCAAGAAAAAAGAAAAAUGUGAUUGGAAGAAUUGUUGCAACAAAUCCUGUUGAAGGUGAAAGAUAUUAUUUGCGAUUGUUGUUGAAUCAUGUGAGAGGACCAACAUCAUUUGAAGACUUAAAAACUAUUGGUGGUGUCGUAGCUUCAACAUUUCGUGAAGCUGCUUUGCUAUCUGGACUGCUAGAAGCUGACAAUAGUUUAGACAAGUGCUUGGAAGAAGCAUCUAUGUAUCAAAUGCCAUAUAGUUUGAGGCGCUUAUUUGCUACAAUAUUAGUCUAUUGUAAUCCAAGCAACCCUAAAUUAUUAUGGAACAAGUUUGAACAAGUGAUGUCUGAGGACUUUAGACAACUCAAUGGUGUUGUACUCAAUGUUAGAACAAAAGUCUUGCAAAGUAUUGCUUCCACACUUGAAUCAAUGGGAAAAGAUAUAAAUAGUUAUAACUUGGUUGAUUUUAAGGUUACUUUUGAUGAAGAUCAAGUGGGAUCAAGGGAGAUUCAUGAUGAACUAAACAUAACAAUUUCAGAAGAUCUACUUGCAGCUGAAUCACUAAAUGCAAAACAGAAAUAUGCAUAUGAAAGAAUACUACAAAAGGUUUUCUCAAAUACACUUGGGGCAUUUUUCAUUGAUGGACCUGGUGGAACAGGAAAGACUUUUCUUUAUAGAGCUCUUCUUGCCACAAUAAGAUCAAAACACCUUGUGGCUCUUGCAACUGCAUCAUCAGGAGUGGCUACUUCCAUACUACAUGGGGGUCGAACAGCACAUUCACGAUUUAAGAUUCCUCUCGAGGUUGAGAACAAUAUAACUUGUUGUGUUAGCAAGCAAAGUGGACUAGCCAAACUUUUACAAGUUUCAAAGUUAAUUAUAUGGGAUGAAGCACCAAUGUCAAGAAGACAAACAAUAGAAGCUCUAGAUAAGAUGCUGCAAGAUAUAAAUGAAUCUGAGUUACCAUUUGGCAGCAAAGUAGUUGUAUUUGGAGGUGACUUCUACCAGGUCUUACCUGUUGUUCCAAAAGCAUAA